AUGGCCACCAACAUUACAUGGCACCCAUCACUCUCGCGCUCUGAGCGUAACCAGCUGCGCGGCCAGCGUGGUUUCACCCUCUGGCUGACAGGACUAUCCGCCUCUGGCAAGUCUACCGUAGCCACCGCUCUGGAGCAGCACCUCUUGCAUCUAGGAGUUGCCGCCUAUCGUUUGGACGGCGAUAACGUUCGCUUUGGCCUCAACAAAGAUCUUGGUUUCUCCGAGAAAGAUCGCAAUGAGAACAUUCGUCGCAUUGCUGAGGUUGCCAAGCUGUUUGCCGAUUCUUCGACUGUUGCCAUUACCUCCUUCAUCUCGCCCUACCGUGCAGACCGUCAAGUCGCUCGCGAGCUGCACAGCCAGACUGGCCAGAGCGCCGACGAGACCAUUCCAUUCAUCGAGGUAUUUGUCGACGUGCCUCUCGAAGUUGCCGAGCAGCGUGACCCAAAGGGUCUGUACAAAAAGGCCAGGGCGGGAGAGAUCAAAGAUUUCACCGGCAUUUCGGCCCCUUACGAGGCACCCGAGAAGCCCGAAAUCGUUAUUAGGACCGACAAGUCGAGCGUUGAGGAAUGUGUGGCACAGAUUGCCGAGUGGCUGAUCAAGGAGGGUCUCAUUACUACGAGUAAAACAGCCUGA